AUGUUUUACACAAUAUAUGCAGGUAAUUAAAAAAAUGAAAUGAAAAAAUAAUAAGAGAACUAAUUAAUUUCAACUGAAUUAGACUUACUUCUAAUAUAAAUUAAUAAGGAUUUAAUACCCAUUACAUAAUCAAGAAUUAUAGUGGAACAGAUUAAUCAAAUGGGGAUAACUUAGAAAAUAAAUUUUUUAAAAGGAGAAAAUAUACAUUUUUCUCCAUAAGAUCGAUUAGAAUGA